AUGAUGAACUGGCUUAUCCUCCUCCCACUCUUCGUUCUAUCCACGAACGCCUCCUUCUCCAACUGGGGCCUCUCCUCCGUCCUCCCCAGUAUCCUGAAACACCUCCCGGUAGCCAAUUGCAACAUCAGCGCCCUCUCCCUCCCCUCCUGCUCGCUCCCGGCACCCACAGCCGGCCUCCACCUGCAAUACGUCACCCUCGGCCGCGGCACCCAGAACUACACCUGCUCCUCCUCCUCCUCCUCGGCCACCCCCGUCGCAGUCGGCGCAACAGCCAUCCUAUUCGACGCCUCCUGCGUCGCCUCCCUCGACACCACCAUCCUCCACAACCUCCCCGACCUCCUCAAGCGCGUCCCGCUGAGCGGCGCAGAAAUCACCACGCAGCUACUGGACUGGCUCACGGGCCAAACAAUGAAACUCGGCAAGCACUUCUUCACGGCCGAGGGCGCGCCGUUCUUUGAUUUAAGACAUGCGGGGGCCAACGACGACUUUGCCAGAGCGGCCAAGGUCGCGCAGGUCGAUGCACCGGCGCAGUUUGCGCUGGGGGAGACGCGGGAUGUUGCCUGGUUGCAGUUGAAGGGGGUGGAGGGGGGGAUUAAGGAGGUGUACCGUGUUCAGACGGCGGGAGGGGGCCCUCCGGCGACGUGCGAGGGCAUGCCGAGUUCGUUUACCGUGGAUUAUGCGGCGGAGUAUUGGUUUUAUGCUUGA